UAUGAAUAAUUAAUCACGUAAAUCGAAUGGUUAUCUCCGCCGUCCGAUCUAAGGAUGUUUUUAUUUUUAUAGUUUCUUCGUGCAGCGAUCGCAAAUUCAACCCGCUGCAGAAAUAUACCGAUGUUUUAACUUAUUAACCGACAUUAAAUCUGCUCCUCUCGCUUCCUCUGGGGAAAUGUGCGUGUAAGUGGGUGUGUCGAGUGAGUUUAAACUUUAUGAUGAGUUAAAGUUUGAUCAUGGCCGUGUGGACCCGCGCGGAAAAACAGGGUCAUCUGGACCUGCUGUUGAGUGAUCGCUGGGUUCGGGUCUCCGCGGAGCUCACACGGGACACUCUCACACUAACGGCGGAGGGCGAACCGAGCGGGCCCGCGGGCUAUUCGGAGCACAACUCUCAUUUAAGGAAUGGCGUUUCCAAUGGCAACGAACAGAACCGAGAUGUUUAUCACAGCCACGGGCAAUAUGACAGUCCGGGUCGGGUCAACGGGACCGGCUCAGACUCGGAAUCUAGUGGUUAUUGUGACCCGGCGGGGCCGGAGGGGGUUCGGAGGGUCCGUAUAGUCAAGCAGGAGUCCGGCGGACUGGGGAUCAGUAUUAAAGGGGGACGGGAGAACCGCAUGCCCAUCCUCAUAUCAAAGAUCUUCCCCGGUUUAGCGGCGGACCAGAGUCGAGCUCUGCGUGUCGGCGACGCGAUCCUGUCCGUCAACGGCAGCGACCUCCGCGAUGCCACGCACGACGCGGCGGUGCAGGCGCUGAAGAAGGCUGGGAAGGAGGUGACGCUGGAGGUGAAGUACAUCAGGGAGGUGUCUCCACUCUUCAAGAAGUCCUCUAUGAGUGCAGAUCUGCCUUGGGAUGGACGUCUUCAGUCUCCAAACCUCAGCAGCAGCGAUGAGUCGCCCAAGAGCGGCGUAACUCGUGACAGAAAGGUCAUCCCGCUCAAAAUGAGCUUCAUCAGCCGAAACCUCACCAUGCCUGACCUGGAAAACAGAUUGUUGGAGCUUCACUCUCCGGACGGCCAGCACACUGUGGUGUUGCGGUGUAAAGACGGGGCCACUGCUCACUCCUGGUUCACGGCCAUUCACACAAAUGUUGCUGCCCUAUUGCCACAGAUGCUGGCCCAUAUCAACUCCUUCUUGAGCAACCCUAGCGCCAACACACACUGCACGCUCAAACACAUCGGCUGGCUGGCAGAGCAGCUUGAGCUGGAUGGCGGGCGGCAUCAGUACAGACGAGUCGUCAUGGCGCUCACAGAGAAAGACAUCUUGCUGUUCCAGUCGGUGCCGUGGACGUACGAGAGCUGGACCUCUCCUCUCUUAACACACCCACUACUCGCCACAAGGCUUGUUCACUCGGGCAGCGUCCGCAGUUCUCCGGCUCUGGGUGGAGAUUUGGUGUUCGCUACACGUACAGGCACAGGUCGAGGGAUCGAGUCUCAUGUGUUUCGUGUGGAGACACACUGGGAUUUGUCCACAUGGACACGUGCUCUGGUGCAGGGCGGACAUUCGGCUGCUGAGCUCAUCAAAGAGGUUUCCAUAGGCUGUGUGUUGAACAGGCAGGAUGUUCGUCUGAUUCUGCAUUAUGACAGAGGUUUCACUGUGACACGGGAAUCUGGCGAACCUGUGCUGUUUCACUUCCCCUAUGAGCGGCUCAAGAUGUCUGCAGAUGAUGGAGUCAGGAACCUUUACCUGGAUUUUGGUGCUCCAGAGGGCGAAAUGGUGUUUGAGCUUCACUCGGGGCCGAAGCCUGUGGUCUUUGUGCUUCAUUCGUUUCUCUCAGCAAAACUGGCUCGUUUGGGACUGCUGACAUAAAAUCAACAUGAAAUGAUUGAGGUCCAUUUAUUUCAUUGGUUUAUUGACAGCUACUAUUUUACUCAAGCAGUGUUUUCAAAGUUCUUCUUCUAGCUGUGUGUGUGUGGCUUUCUAAAGCAGAAUGCAAUCUUAUUUUCCUCUGAUCAGGAACACCAGUUGUGCCUUCUCAUCUAGAGCUUUUACAGCUAUUUUUUCAGGCUUAAGGUCACCAUAAAGCUUUGCAAAAUUACCAAAAUGAACAUUAUUCUUUUAUUAUCUAUGUUUGUUUUUCACGUAACUCUCCUGUAUUUAUGUUUAUAUGUAUUGCAUGGCAAAGACUGUUACAUCUACGUGUUAUAAUAAUCUUAAUGAAUGUCAUUUGAAUAUGUUCAUGCAAAUAUGGAGAAAAUGAAGCUUUAAACGCAUUCCCUCAUGACUGACCAAAAGUAACCUCCCUAAAGCUUAACUUCUCCUCUAAUAGGAUUAAUUGAGUUGAAUCAAUAUAAAGUGUAGGAAUGUUUUAUAUCUGUUCUUUACAUGUCAUGAAAAAUGUUUUCUUUUCUCAUUUAUGACCAAACCAGCUCCAGGCCUUGAUUAUUAAUUUUUCUUUUUCCAUUGUACAUUAACGUACCUCUUCUUGAUCCGCAUUAGAUAAGUGAUUAGUCUUUAUUACAGGAUUCCCAUCUCACUAGAAACCUGCAAAUAUCAGGGAAUUUUCUGAUUUCCAUGAUUGGAAAUGUGAAGAAAAUGAAUGAAAACAAAGAAAUGAUUUCUGAAGUAAAAUACAUUUUCUAAAUAUGAUUAGCUCUUAAA